AUGGUCAGUUGGUUGACAGCCUGGUAAGUGUUGUUACCUAGAACAAACGGUAACCUGCCAUGUCAUGGUCGAUCAUGUCACAUAUCAUGUUUGAGUUUGCUCUCUGACUUGGACCGUGUUUAUCUGUCUGUUCUCUUUCAGUUCAAGAGCGGUUGACCAAACAAAUCGCUGUGGCGAUCACUGAAGCUCUGCAGCCUGCCGGGGUGGGCGUCGUCAUCGAGGCAACGUAUGUCUCUCUCUCUCUUUUCGCUCACCACUGAUAUUAACAGCCCCAUACAAACAGACAUUAAAGAUGCACUGUGGAAAAAUGUGGCUUGAAUGUUAGCUGUAUGGUGCAUACACAUAAAUUCAUAUUAACAAAUCCUUCGUUUUAGGAAAACAAUAUGCUUUUGCUCACGAGGUGUGCCCUUUCUCUUCCCAAUGAGGUAGUUUCUGGACAAUAUUUCUGUCCAUUUUUAAGGUGACCCUAUUUGGUUCAAGUGUACCCACAGAGGCAAAAGUACCUUAUUGCCAACGCAAUUAUGGCAGUCAAAACACAAACGCACACAAAUGAAACCAAAUAUACUGUGCGAGGUCAUAUCUGGACAAUCUUCAAUGCGUCACAAACAGGACAUUUCUCAUACACCCAAAUCUAAUAACUACAACAGCAAUGUAUAAUGAUGCAUUUUAUCUUUCCUCCUCCUUCCUGUGUACAGUCACAUGUGCAUGGUGAUGAGGGGGGUGCAGAAGAUGAACAGCAAGACUGUGACCAGCACCAUGCUGGGGGUGUUCCGGGAGGACCCCAAGACACGGGACGAGUUCCUCACCCUCAUCAGGAGCUGA